AUGGGCAGUGCUAAGCAAGAUGUCGAGCUCCAGGACUUCGGGAGCAUAUUCAGUCUCGAGGGCAAGGUCGCUGUCGUGACCGGCGGUUCACGAGGUCUGGGCCUCAACGUCGCUUCUGGGUUCCUGCAGGCAGGCUGCUCCAAGGUCUACAUCACCUCCCGCAAGGCCAAAGCAUGUGAAGAAGCCGUCGCUGCCCUCAACGCCCUCCCCAACAAACGACCCGGCGCCGUCGCCAUCUCCAUCCCCGCCGAUGCGUCCAAGGUCUCCGAGAUUGAACGUCUGGCGGCCGAGGUCGCAAAGACCACCGACCACGUCGACAUCCUGUUCGCCAAUGCCGGCGCCACGUGGGGAGCUCCCUUCGAUACACAUCCGGAAAGCGCUUUCAGCAAGGUCAUGGAUCUGAAUGUCAAGAGUGUCUUCUAUACCGCCCAGAAGUUUGCCCCACUGCUACAGAAGCGCGCGACGACAGACAACCCCAGCAGGAUCAUUAUAACGGCCAGCGUCGCUGGCAUCGGCGUGGGCUCGCUGGGUGAGAACGCUACGUACUCGUACUCGGCGUCGAAGGCAGCUGCUAUUAAUCUGGCUAAGAACCUCGCCGUCGAGCUCGGCCCCCGAGGAAUCAUCACCAACGCCAUCGCCCCGGGCUUCUACCCUACCAAGAUGGCUUCGGGGUUGAUGGAGUUACAAGGAGGGCAGGCCGCGCUCGCUGCCGAAGUGCCAAACAAGAGACUUGGGCGUCCGGAGGAUAUUGCUGGAUUGGUGGUCUUUCUGAGCAGCAGGGCAUCUUCACACAUCAACGGUGCCGUCAUCACGACCGACGGUGGCUCUGUGCUCUCACGGGGCAGGCUAUAG